AUGGCUGGUGAAGCAAAUGCGGCAUCCGUGCCAGACACCGGCUUUCCCAAUGCCCUCCUUGGUCUGGUCAUCCCACACGGCAUCUGCACCCUCUUCAUCCUCGCCCGACUGGCCGCCCGCUUGCUCGUCCUCCGCAAGUGGUUCGUCGACGAUACUCUCAUCGUCUUCUCUUUCCUCGCUUCCACCGGCGUCUGUGUCGUCUACAGCAUCGCCGCCCAGACCCCAGACAUCACACUGUGCCUGACCAAGCUCUCGAUCCUGACGUUCUACCUGCGCGUCUUUGCCUCGCGGGCAAAAGAGAGGCGACUCGUCUGGUGCACCAUCCUCUUCGUCCUGCUGUACGGCGUGCCCAUGCUGCUCAUGAGCGUGCUGCAAUGCCACCCAUCGCCCGGCCACUUUUUCGGGCGGCCCAUGGCCUGCUUCGGCUUCCAGAACCUGCUCAUCGCCUCGGCGACGUUCCACGCCGUGACGGACGUCUGGCUCCUUCUUCUCAUCCUGCCGUGCAUCUCGGGCCUCGACAUUCCCUCCAAGCAAAAGGUCGUCCUGUCCAUCGUGCUGAACCUCGGCAUCUUCGUCGUCGCCGCCGGCGUCGUGAGGCUGAUGCUCAGCGUCAGGGAGGACUGGCGCCCCGACCUCGUCGGCGCCACGGCCGCGCUCGCCUUUUUCGUCAUGACGAUCCUCGAGUGCGACCUCGCCAUCAUCUGCGCCAGCGCGCCGACGCUCAGACCGCUGCUCGCGAGAAUGUACCCGUGGAUCAUGGCCGACCCGCGCCGGAGGUCGAUGAGGCCCCUCGUGCCGGCGAUGCCCGCCGCCCCGACGGCGGUGCGCAGCGAGAACCUGACGGCCGUCAGCUACAGGGGGUAUCCGUGGACGGAGCCGGGGACGCCUGAGCUGGGGCGAAGCCGCAACGGGAGUGUGGGCAGCGGUCUGAACAAGUUGACCAAGACGAGAAAGGGGGCGCCGCGACCGCCCAUGCCGGCUGUUGCGCUCGUGGGCAUGAGGACGCCGACGUCGCUAAGCUUGAGGAGCAUGGUCGGCGGCAUGUCGGCCGGUGCUACGGCGAACAGGAGUCGGCUGGGAAUGGGGGACGACAGGCCGAUACUGGACGUCAGCCGACGGGCGUCAGAGGUGAGCGGGCACCUGGAGGGCGAUGCCGAGUGCCUGGAGAUGGGGCUCGAGAGGCCACGGGCGCUUGGGGAUCGAUGGAGUCGGAGCGAGGAGAGUCUCGUGGUCGGGCUCAACGAUCCGUUGGCGCCGGCGAGCCCGAAGACUCCAACGAGUGUCUACCGGGGUAGGGCAUAUCUCUAUCGGCCGGCAAGCGGAGAGCAGGAGAGGCAGGGUGAUCAGGUGUAA